AUGGUCGGCCCGGCUGCGCUCUUCCUGUGCGUCUACCACGUCGCCUUGGCAGUGCUGGGCUCCGUCUUUUUCGAAAACUAUUUGUUCAAGGACUUCGACAACAGCUUCAGUAUCGUCAAAAUAAUUUUCUGUUGCUCCUUCGUCUUGUGCCUCUCUCUGUUGUCCAUGCUGGUUUUCGAAAUACUCGGCUUCCUCACCACAGCACUGAAGCUCUUUAUAUGGUAUAUAGACAUCACGUGCUUAGUUCUGUUUAUUUAUCUCAUCAUCCCUAUUAGCUUAAUUUACACAUAUGUUACGUACGAAGAUGAGGAGACGGCAAAUGGGCUGUUCAAAUUUAACUAUUUUUACAAUGCACUCACAAAAAUGAAAAAUAAGAAAAAUAUUUUACCUGAACAUGUUAAGGCAAAUUUUAUGAGAAGAUUACUCUACGUAAGUGAAGACUUAAUGAAACAAAUGGAAAACUACAACAAAAAAAUCAGAAAUAGAAACAAACAGAAGAUUUGUCAAUUCGUUAUUGGCUGCUUGCUCAUAUUACCACUCAUCUGGUUUACCUUUUACAAAAUUUCGAUGAUCACUCUGAAGAAUAAUAACGACAUAUACGAUCAGUCCUCUGACUUAUAUGACAUUGGGAAUGUCUUACAGGAAAAGUUUAACAUUGUUAAUAGAGAGUUUUCACAGGACUAUGAUACAAACAGUGGGAAAAAUAAAAACUCGUUUUUUUUUAAAGUUAUGAAAAAUUUGCUGAUUUAUAUGUCCGUUACUGGCAUGACAUUGGUCAGUGCACUUUCUGCCUUCACCAGUUUGUACUCUCCCUACACGAACAUCAGUCUCUUCUUCUUCUUCGUCACCAUUAAGAAGGUUAAGAUCAUUGAAAACAAAAUUAAAUUCGUAACAAACGAGUUGUCUUUGAAGAAAAAGCUGCUUGUUCUGUGUGAUCACCCGCGGUUAAUGCAAACCUUCUAUUGCAGAGACACGGCCGAAUUUUCCACUCUGCAGGGGUGUAUGCCCAGGGGGGGAACUGGCAUUGGAAGUGGCAUCGGGAGCGGCAUCGGAAGUGGCACUGGAAGCGUCAUUAGCGGCCGCAUCAGCAGCGCCGCCUUUGCCGUGGACAUCCCCAUGGAGCAGACCGCGACCUGUUUUCUCCACUCAACGGACGGGUCGUACCACCACAGCGCCACGCUGCAGAGAGAUUCGAACAUGGGAAGUGGUGCGAAAAUCGGAAGGGGUGAGAACACCUGGAGUGAUGCCAACAUCGAGGGGGGGAUGUCAGACCAGCUUGCCACCAUAAUGUGUGACGACUUGGUGGGAACAUCCACCGGGGAAGAGCCGCCGGGGGGCAAACUCCCCCAAACGAGGAAUGGCACAAAGGAGGAAGAAAUCGAGUACAUCGGAUGUAAGCCCUUCAAAAAGUGCAACCUGUAUCUGGGCUCGCACAAGUCGAUAUACAAAGACAUAUACGAGACUUUCAUGAAAAAGGAAAAUGACCUUGACUUGGGUGAGAUGCUCCCUGGCGGGGAAGACGAUGAAGAGACGUGCAUGGGGGAGGAGAUCCAGGAGGAUUUGCGCACCUUUGAGGAAGAGGAGAACCUGCCGAAAAGGUUGAAGAAGUCCAACCUGUCAAACCUGUCCAAGCGUGACAGCAGGCGCGAGAUAGCAAAGCCGCACAGGGGGGAGCCCAGCCCACUUGCCCGUUCGAGGGGGGAAGAGACGGCAGCUGGGAGCCACACGGAUGGGGACGAGGCAGACGAUGCGGAUGAUGGCGACGGUUGCCACUACAACCCCAGGGCACAGCAACCUGACAGCAUUCUUAGCACUGCACAGAUGAACAAAAUGGGAAGUAGCAGCUCCCUCUACAAGAGAAGCAUCAAGUCGGGAAGCUCUGUGGGCGACAGGAAGCAUGUCUAUUAUACGGGGCGCUUCCUCUUUUUCAAAACAACUGAGGGGGAGGAGAAGCAUCUGCACUUGAGGCAGCAGCAGGGGGGCACCGAAAUGGUGGACUUCCAAAUGGGGGGGGUGGAACUGGGCCCAGAAGCGACGGCCGCGUCGGAAGAGGAGAAUGAGAGGGUGAAGCAGAAGGGGAAAAAGAAGACGGAGAAGCAGAAGAAAGGGGCAGCCUUCUUCUCCCGGUUGAGGGGUAUCUGCUCCGUUCGACGGUUUUUCCAGCACAGCGACAUGCUGCCGAAGGGGGGUACCCGCAAGGGGGAUCGCUCCACAGGUCAGAAGCAAAACGUUGCAAAUAUUGAUAAGGCCGCUAACAAUAACGGUGACGGUGCAGCGCCCCCACGGAGGGGGCACAUCUCCGAGUUCCUCUCCACGAGCAUCGAGAGAUCGUACAGGACGCUGAAGAGUGUGAGGGACUUCUUCAAGCGAAACAAAGCAAACGCAGAAAAGAAAAAAAAAAAAGAAAUCCUUAUGCAGGAUAUUAAGUCACUAGAAUAUAUGGCAAAAAAUUUGUGCUUCCUCCUGGAUGACGUAAUUAAGGAGCAGAUCAGAAUUAACCAAAGUUCUUCCUUCACUGGAAUGUUACUUUACCUCCUGGGGAUCCUCAUGUCUAUCUUGUGUGUAUACAAGAUUACAAAAACGUGUUACAUCAUCUAUAUGGUCGAAAUUUACUACCGAUUUAUCUGUACGUACAGCAGUGGACAUGUCCUCAUGUUAUUUUAUGCAAAAAAUAUUAACAUCGAUUUUAUUAAUGACCUGAAGAAGGUUCUCCACAUUGUUCACAUAAAUAUAAAUCUGGAAAACUACGUCGUCUCCAUCACUUCCAUCCUGUUGCUAUGUUUCAUUUUUACCAAUCUGAAAUCUUUUAUGGAGAGAAUAAUUAAGCUGAGAUAUUCGGCCAAGUCUUCCCUUUACUCCAGUCUAGCCAUUUUGCUUAUGUGUGAAAUUAUGGAUUUGUAUUUUUCUGCUUACUGCAUUCAGCUUUUUGAUUACCUUCCGGCUAAGGAGAAGAUGAAGAUGCUCUACAUUUUCUUUAAUAACAACCUUUUGGAUUUAUUCAAGCUUAAGUACCAUUUUGACUUCGUCUACGUCAUUUCACUUUUCAUUUCGCUUUUCCUCAUUCGCCUGCACCAUCAGCAUCGCUCCAGCCAGUUCCGCGAGAUAUGA